UGAAUUCAAAUAGAAAUGACUUUCAUUUUAAUAGAUCUAUCAGUGAAGUUGAAAUGUCAAACACUGAAAAUUUGAUGUUCUCUUUGGAAUGAAAAGUUUAAAGCAUAUAAAAGGAAUACUAGAUCUACCUGUGGUUCGUCAAGCUUAUUCUACAAAUCUUACAAAGAUGCCAGCAUUACAACCAAAGAAGUUGAAAGGUCGGAUGUUCUCGGUGCAGGCUGCAUUGCCUAAAUAUCCAGUAGCGCCGCUGGAACAGACACUGAAAAAGUACCUGAAAUCUCUGGAACCACUUCUUACUGAGGACGAGUAUAGGCAUACAGAAAAGCUUUGUAAAGAGUUUGAAAAUGGAGUAGGCAAAACAUUGCAGGCUAAACUAAUAGAAAGGGCAGAAAAGCACGAUAAUUGGUUAUCAGACUGGUGGAAAAGUGUAGCUUAUCUGGGAUUCAGGGAACCAGUUGUGAUCAAUUCAAACCCAGGAGUACUAUUCCCUAAAGCAGACUUUUCUGGUACCCAGGGACAAAUAGAGUAUGCAUCCAAACUGAUUGCUGGUCUCCUUGACUACAAGGUUAUGAUAGAUGAUCAGACAUUACCAGUGGAGCAUCUUGGGAAGAACCCACUGUGCAUGAUGCAGUACUUCCAGGUGCUGGCAGCAUGUAGGAUACCCCUGGAGAAACAUGAUGACUGGGCAUGCUACCCUCCUGACCGGCCAGGAGCACCUAAACACAUCACUGUCAUCUAUAAUAAUAAUAUAUUUGAGGUGCCUGUGUAUGGUGAUGAUGGGAAUCCACUUACAAUAUCUCAGGUUAGGAACCAGCUGUUAGAGGUUGUAAAUCAAGGGUCAACACCAGGGGAACCAAUAGGGCUGUUUACUAUGGAACACAGAGAUAACUGGUCUAGUGUUUACAAGAAAAUGAUCCAAGAUAAAACAAAUAAAGCCUCCUUCGACUCAGUCCAGCGCAGUAUCAUAGUUUUAUGCCUGGACCAGUCAAACGACUUUGGGAAUGAUCCACGCACUGUUAGUGGACAUCAAAUGCUACAUGGUGGAGGACCUUCCUUACAUUCUGGCAACAGGUGGUUUGAUAAAACAAUACAGUUUAUAGUAGGAGCGGAUGGUUACAGUGGGUUGAAUUAUGAGCAUACCACUGCCGAGGGACCACCAAUCAUACAUGUCAUGGAUCAUUGUUUAAACUUUUUGGCUAAUGGUAAAGAAUGGAGCCCGGCAUCUGAUGUAAAACCACCUACAAAAUUACAGUUUAAUCUCACAAAUGAUGUUAGUAAAAGUCUUACACUAGCCAAGGAAAACUCAGCCAGGAUGGUUAAUGACCUUGACCUGAAAGUCUUUGUGUUUGAUGAGUUUGGAAAGAAUUUCCCCAAGUCUCAGAAAGUCAGCCCUGACAGUUUUAUACAAAAUGCAAUACAGCUUGCAUAUUAUAGGCACCACAGAAAGACAUGUGGAUCUUACGAGUCUGCCUCGAUAAGAAUGUUCCAGCAAGGACGGACCGAAACUAUCCGGUCUUGUUCAACAGAAUCGUUUGAGUUUACUAAAGCAAUGAUGGACAGUAAUACAAGUAAACAGAAGAAGGCGGAGCUGUUGAGACGUGCAAUUAAUAGUCAUAAACAAUAUACCAAUGACGCAAUCUCAGGGAAAGGUAUAGAUAGACAUUUGUUAGGACUAAAGUUAACUGCUUUAGAAAACAACAUGGAGAUGCCAGAACUGUUUAAAGAUAAAGCAUACACUUUCAGUGGUUCAUGGAGAAUUUCAACUAGUCAGGUACCAGCCAAAUCUGAGUCGGUGUUAUUUUUCGGUCCAGUUAUGCCGGACGGUUAUGGAUUCUGCUACAACCCUCAGGAGAAGUGUAUUCUAUUUGGAGUGUCCUCUUUCAAGAGUAACAAUGUAACAUUGCCCGCUGCCAAGAUGGCGGAUCUAAUUAAAGACAGUCUUAACGAUAUGCGAGAUGUCAUGGCGUCUUCUAUGAAAGCCAAUCUGUGAUAUUUGCUGAACAUUUCUAAUGUAAACAGUUAAAAAAAAUGAUUUUGUGUUAGCAAUGUUUUUUUGUAGUUCAAAAACAAUGCCAUACUUUUUUUACUGCUUUUUUUGUGGUAAAUCUUGUGCUGCUUUUUUUUCAUUUUUUUUUUCUGAAAAACUAUUUUGAAUAUUUUGUAUGUGUAUGUGUAAUAUUCAAGGUGUGAGCAGUAAGAAAAAGAAACAACAAGUUUUUACUCCUUCUUGUUGGAUGGGUAAACUAACUAUUCUGGAUUGAGCCCCAUGUGUAGCGUGUUACCAAAAAAUACUACUAAAUUACUUUUGACACAUAAAACUCUUUACACCAUGUCCUUUUGUUUUAGAUAUAUUUUUCAUAAGAAAAAAACAUUCUCAGCUGAUAAUGGACAGUUUGAAAUGAGUUAACAUUGCUAUUUACGCAGCUUAUUAUUCAGCUUGACAUUAUAUUUUUGUAUUUUUCCCAUAUAACAUAGUGCAUUUAUCAAGAACUUAUAUAUACAUACUGUAUGUAUAAUUCAUACCAUAAUUUCAUGUAUUUUAUGAUUUAUAAGACAAUAAUGGUUUGAGAGGCCAGCAAUUAUAGCUUGAUAGGCCAAUUGUAAUGGUUGCAACUCUUACCUUAUAUAAAUAUAGUCAUUUGUCAUACAAGACUUGCUUAAAGGACAUUUAGAAACAUGUUACAUGAAUAUGAAUCAUAAUUGUACAUUGUAUAUAUGCCUUUCUCCAGAGUUCAGACCACUGCAUCAACUAGAGGAUUUAGUGAUUGAAUCCACACAUGAAAAGUCAGUGGAUUAUGCAUUAGAUAUUACACACCUUGAAGCCAGUAACUCAAUUUUCAUUGCUUUACUACUUAAAAUGGUUGUGAUUUGUUCAAUAUUUUUAUAAAUAGAAUCUAUAUAAACAAAUUUACAAUGUACGUUUUUUGGGGGGAUUUUUUUGCAAUAAAUCUCUUUGAAUAACAGAGUUGAUAAUAAAUUGUCUAUGCCACCAGUACAAGAGAAAGGCCUAUCUAUGGAGAUCAAAUAUUGCCUGCUCUCAUUUUACUUUGUUUUCUAUAUAUUCAGUUAUCAACAAUGGAUAGUUUCAAAUUCAAAGCAGGACAUGUCAAUUUUUGAUAUAUUAUAUACAAUUAUGGCUAAAGUAGAAAAAGUGAUAUUAUCAAAAUAGCGCAUGUGUCUCAGGGUAAUAGUGCAUAUUAGCAACCCGAGAACUGAAAUAACACCCUAGCCAACAUUUUAAUGUAAUUUUUCACCGCUAUGCAUUAUUACUCCAAGAGCCCAUUCAUUAUCGAUUAUGGCCAGGGGAGAGAACUAGAACAUUACAAUUUCUUAAAUCUAUAUAGAUUACUUGCCCCUGGGUGUAAUUCAUUUCCAAUUCGUUACAAAAUGACAGGGGGAUAUUCAUUUCCAGCAUGAUAGGCCGAAAUAACAUCAUGUGACGUCACAUUACACUAUGAAGUAAAAAGUUUACAUGAGGUAUAAUACUAUUGAUUGUUUUGAUGAGAUUUGCAGUCAUUAAUGGAUAUGCCAUGACACGACAUACAACUUAAUGCAUGAAUCAUCCAAUCUAGCAAAAUUGUUGAAUAUUUCCUUGAUAAAAUAACAUGAAUAAUUUUAUUAUAUUGAAAUUAUGUCUUCUCAAACAAUACAGUUGACAUUAUUGUCACCUAAGUGCAGUAAUGGGUUAACUCCUAAUUAAUUAUAUAAGAAGUUAUCCCAUUACUGUACUAAGGUGACAAUAUGAUGUUACUAAGAAUAUUUAGAUGGUAAAUUAAUUUAUUGUUUUAAACAUUUGUGCCAUGUGAAUUGUAUUCAUAUAUGUUAUAUUACUUGUUCGUAUACAUGUACUUAUUGGCUGCUGGUGCUCAUUUUUUUUUGUUACUGUGCUUAGACUGUUUAUGUGAUUAUAUAUAAGAUACGACACAUUUACUGUAAAAAAAGAUAUUUUUUCACUGUAAUACAAGUUUAUAACAUUGAUAUAAAUUUAUGCAAUUAUGAAUUAAUAUAAUAUACAUGAAUAU